CUGCUCUUGGUGUCGCAAGGUUAAUGAGGCCUGAGGGGAAAAGUGGAAGGAGAGUGAGAGAGACGUGCAUAUAGGUAACAGAGGCGCAUCGACUCUGCUCGGCGAGACAUGUGAUGGGAAGGCUUGAAUCCCCUCUCCUCUUCCAAUCCAAAAUCCUCUGCCUCUCCCUCCUCUACCUCCUCACCACUCUUCCUUUGUCUAUCUACGUUUCCAUCUCCCAGACGGGAUGCCCUCCCCUCAUCCCCAAGACCCAGCUCUUCUCCUACCCUUCCACCUACGGCGAGCACAAGUACGCCCUCCCGACCACCCGCUCCACAUGCCGCUCCCCUGUUCAGUUCUCAGACUACCGUGCGGUUUUCGAGGAGAUCCGUAGUCUCUGCUGGAAUUCCACGUCGUCCGCUCCUUCCUCCCCUGGUUUGAGAUACCUGGCGGGCAGGGGAGGCAGCUUCGCGGGGAAUUUUUCGACGCAGAAGAGGAAGUCUUUCUUCAAUCACACCGAUGAUGAUCAGGUUGAGGUCCCUUGUGGAUUCCUCAAGGAAUUCCCCGUCAGGGAAUCUGACGGAUUGGCCAUGGAGCGUUGCAGUGGAGUGGUUGUGGCAUCGGCGAUCUUCGGCGACCAUGACAAAAUUCGGCAACCAAAGGGCUUGGGCGUCCAGACAUUACAAUUUGUUUGUUUCUUUAUGUUCAUAGAUGAUUCCACUCUCAGAGGCCUUGCUGCCCACGACAUCCUUACGAACACGGAAGGGGACGGCGUCGACAUGAUUGGAGCAUGGAGGAUAGUAAGGGUCUUGAGCAGCGAAUUGCCUUAUGAUAACCCUGCGAUGAAUGGAGAGAUCCCAAAGCAUUUGAUUCACAGGCUCUUCCCACAUUCGAAAUUCAGCAUCUGGUUGGACGCAAAGCUUCAGCUCACAGUAGACCCCUUGCUGCUGAUCCAUUCUCUUUUGAUAGCAAAGGAUGCGGACAUGGCUAUCUCCAAGCAUCCUUUCAAUGUCCACACCAUGGAAGAGGCAAUGGCGACCGCAAGGUGGAGGAAGUGGGCAGAUAUCGAGUCUCUGAGAGUGCAAAUGGAGACAUACUGUGAGAAUGGGCUGCAACCCUGGUCACCCAGCAAGCACCCGUAUACAACAGAUGUUCCAGACACUGCACUCAUAAUAAGGAGGCACGGACUUCGUAGCAACCUCUUCUCCUGCCUUCUAUUCAACGAGCUGGAAGCUUUUAACCCCAGGGACCAGCUCGCUUUCGCCUACGUGAGGGAUCUUAUGAGCCCCAAGAUCAACAUCAACAUGUUCGAGGUGGAGGUUUUCGAGCAUGUAGCUGUGGAGUACAGGCAUAACCUCAAACGCGAUGGAGUUGGGCAGCAGAUCCGGAGGGCCUCCUCACGAGACAUCGGCGAGAGCAGCUGCAAGGCCUACCUUCUGAAGAUGUGGGGAGAAUCCAACGAUUAAGGCUUAAGGCUUUUUGGCCUUCUCCCACACGCAAGUGCACAUGAAGCCUAUGAGUUAUGAGAUAAUUGGGGACCAGAAAUUAAGAAAACGCCGCCCACCAUUACAAGAACCUCGAAGGGGAAGACAUUGACUUUCAGUGCACAAAAGAACCGGGGAGGUGGGAUUGCUUAUAUGGGGGAGGUGGUGAUUAGUUCACUCCACCAGCUCCAUUUUUUAAGAUUCUUUAUGUAAGCACUUGAGGAAGAGAGUAAUUCUUUUUUUCAGCCUAUUAGGCAUUCCCAUGAAUGAAUAAUUUAUAAUUAGUGUUUUUUUUUU